AUGAGCGGCCAGUAUUUUCGCCCGAGGACCUGCUACGCCAAGAGUCGGCCAAGCGCAGCACCUGCCUGGGCGCCGAAUGAAGCCCCAGACUCGCCAGUAACGAAGCGACAGAGGGCGAGCUACGAGGGCGAGCCAGACACAUCCAAAUGGGCAGUGCAGCCAGCACCCGACAUAUUCACGGGCACUGAUCAUACAAUAAUUGAGCAGCCAUCCGAGCCCGCACCCGUCGAUCCAGCAGAGCCAGCGGACGAGUUCGCCAAUCUGCAUGUGUCGCCGGAGGUCUUGAGACAGCUGCAGGAGCUGUGUAUGGCGCAGCACGGCUUUGAGCGGCGACUGUGGGAGCACCGGCAAGCGAUUGAGCGCGAAAACGAAAAGGCAAUGCAGCAGCUGCUGGCGCGCGAAAUGGUGCACAGCGUCAGCAGUAAGGAGAAGGAGGAGAUGGCCAGGCAGCACCGACUCGCGCUGGAGCGUGCAGACCGCCGGGCUAUCGAGAAACUCGACGACCUGCGGUACCGACAGCAAAUGAUGCUGCAGAGCAUGGGGGUUCCAGAGUUCUUCCCCUCGUCCAGCGUAGAUGUAAUGGAGCGGCAGCAGCGGAUUCUGCACCAUCUGCUAAACCCGCUGCAAUAG